UUCUCAUUUCAUCCGUGAAGACUCCUCUCGCGCGCGCCUGCUGCUGCUGCUAGAAUAAACGCUAUGUGAGUUACUGCUGACGAUGAGCCUGUUUUCUAAAAACAACCUGUUGAAAGUGUUUCUCCGUGACCCUGCCUCCCGGUAAAUGUUUACGGGAGAUAUUAUUUCGCCGCUCGGUUGCCAUGGCAGUAAGGGAAGGUGUCUGAACGGUGUCCACUUUUCCUCACAUGGCGCUUUUCUCGCUCUGAACGCGGUCUGCAUGUAAAUGUUUUGGAGAUAAACCGCUUCACAUCGCGCUGAGGAACUCUGGGAGAGUUUGACGUCGACGUGGGACAUCGAGCGCAUAACUGUUUUCGCCUGAAGAAGAGCCAAACAACAACGAGGCCACCGAAGAGGCCGUUUUCUUGGGCAAAGCACCACUAAUUUCUAACAUUCUUCUUUGCUUGUGUUUAACAGACAGCCGCCAACAUUCCGUGCUGCAAGGGUGACCCCAAAAUGUCUUCCAACGGUGAUCUGCAAGACGUUGGGAGCUGGGACAGCUUCUGGGAGCCUGGGAACUACAAGAGGACGGUAAAACGCAUUGACGAUGGCUACAAACUAUGCAAUGAGCUGGUCAGCUGCUUCCAGGAGCGGGCCAAGAUUGAGAAGGGCUAUUCCCAGCAGCUGAGUGACUGGGCCAGGAAAUGGAGGGGUGUUGUGGAGAAAGGCCCACAGUAUGGGACUCUGGAAAAGGCCUGGCAUGCUUUCAUGAAUGCGGCAGACAGACUGAGUGAGAUUCAUAUGGAGCUAAAAGAGAAACUGGUUGUUGAGGACAGCGAAAAGAUUAGAAACUGGCAGAAGGAUGCCUUCCACAAGCAAAUGAUUGGUGGAUUCCGUGAGACCAAAGACGCCGAUGAAGGCUUCCGCAAGGCCCAGAAACCCUGGGUCCGAAAACUGAAGGAUGUGGAGUCUACCAAGAAGAGUUAUCAUCAAGCCCGGAAGGAAGAGCGCACGGCAUUGACCCGUGAAUCUCAUGCCAAGGCUGACCCCACCAAAUCCCCAGAAGAGGUCCGCAAGUUCACAGAGCGCCUGGAGAAAUGUACCCAAGAGGCAGAGAAGGCUAAGGAGCGUUAUGAGAGAGCCCUGGAGGAGCUGAAUCGCUCUAACCCACGUUACAUGGAAGACAUGGAGCAAGUGUUUGAAAUCACACAGGAGGCAGAAAAAAAGAGGCUUCGCUUUUUUAAAGAAGUGCUGCAGGACAUACACCAGCACAUGGACCUCUCCAGCAAUGAUGGAUUUCGAGGCCUGUUCCGAGACCUCAGCCAGACCAUCAACGCAGCCAAUGACACCGAGGACCUCAGGUGGUGGAGGAACACCCAUGGGCCCGGCAUGAGCAUGAAUUGGCCCCAGUUAGAGGAGUGGUCACCAGAAGCAAACCGUUCCAUCAGCCGAAGAGACAGAAACAGUCGUUCUGAUGACGUGGUCACUCUGACUAAUAUUGUCUCCGCGGGAGAUGAACCCCCGAAGACUCCACAGGAAACUACGAGCUCGCUCUUCAAUCGGCAGACCGCGGCGGAGCAGCGUGACGGGAAUCAAACAGAGGACACAAGGGCAGGUAAAGACUACUCCUCGGACUGGUCUGAUGAAGAGAGCCCCAAAAAAUACAUCGCAGGCAACGGGGUUGAUGAGGAGGAGAAGGUAGUCGGGGUUCGUGUUAAAGCGCUGUAUGAUUACACAGGGCAGGAGGCUGAUGAGCUGAGCUUUAAAGCAGGUGAAGAGUUAAUGAAGCUGGGUGAGGAGGACGAGCAGGGCUGGUGUAAAGGACAGCUGGUCAGCGGAGAAAUAGGCCUCUACCCUGCUAACUACGUCCAAGUCAUCACAUCUUGAUCAGCCGCUCGGCUCUGGACGAGACCCACACCUUCCCUGUGACAGCCGUGAGGACCUACGCCAGCUGUGUCGAAUACACAGCCACACAUCUGCAUGAUGGAUUGAAUCCCACCAUACACGAGGAGAUCAGAGAGCGAGUGCGCAGUUCAGUGGUUUAUUCUUUGUUUUCGCUGACACGCUAGAGCACUUUGAGAUUAGUUAGGCCCCCUUUGUCCUUGUGCUUAUUGAAAGAUCAGUGCCUUUUUUGUAAAAUGCCACAGACGUUCAGAACACGGCUGAAUGGACAGUUUCACUUUGUUCACAGGAAAACGUGCGAGUGUUGUGAUAGAUAAUCAUUAGUAGUUCACAUUUCAGUUACGUAUGAGAAUCAUUUCAAGUAUUUGAUCAAAUCUAUUCAGGUUUUGCGAAUCUUUGAUGAGAAGCGUGUGUGUGUGGAUAUUUUGUGUAAUAUGUUAGAUUUCUUUGGCCGUAGUACAGAAUUGAAGGAUUCUUCGUUGCAUAUUUACCUUUAUGUUUUCACAAAGAUAUAUGGAUUUAUAAUAUACAAACUAUUACUGGGCAGAUUCUGGAGUCUUGGAUUCUUGUCAAAGGAUUUGGGAGGAGAUUCUAAAAUCUUUUCAGUGGGAUUGUUUUACUUUUUGUUUUUAUUUGGAGCGCUGGAAAUUUUCUGUUGUCAAAUGAGAGAAAGUUUAAGAGAAUGGGAAAAAACCUCUGGACUUCUUGUGGUCUUGAUAAGUGCUCAUGGGAAAUAUUUCCAUUUUCGUAUGCUCUGCCUCCAAUGUGCCCCACUGUGAACAUGGUUUUACAUGAAACUACUGUAACAGCCCAUUCUAAUCAAUGUAAAUAAAAAUACCAAAUAAAAGUGAAUGAGAUUCUUA